AUGGCGUCCAGGUCAUCUGCGCUGCGAUCCGCCGCUCUCAAGGGCGCGAGCCUCCUUCUCGGCUCCCGCGCCCAACCCCGCCUCUCGCCCGCCAUCCACGCCGCCGCCGCCGCCGCCACCGCACCCGCACGCAACAUCACGUCCGUCGCCGCCGCCUCCAUCCCCGCCGCGUCGGACGAGACCCCCAUCCCGGUCGACAUCGCGGUGCCGUUCAAGGGCCACCGCAUCGAGCCGCCUUCCACUGCCGUGACGACGACGCCUAAGGAGCUGAUUAAGUUCUUCUUCGACAUGUUCCUCAUGCGGCGCCUCGAGAUCUCCUCGGAUUCGCUCUACAAGGCGAAGCUGAUCCGCGGAUUCUGCCACCUGUACGACGGGCAGGAGGCGGUGUGCGUGGGCAUGGAGGCUGGCCUCACAUACGACGACUGCAUCAUCACGAGCUAUCGCGAUCACUGCACGCACAUCGGCCGCGGCGGCACCGUGCUGGAGGUGAUCGCGGAGCUCAUGGGCCGCGUCGCGGGGUGCAGCAAGGGCAAGGGCGGCUCCAUGCACAUGUACAACAAGGCGACGAAUUUCUACGGCGGGAACGGAAUCGUGGGCGCGCAGACGCCGCUGGGAGCGGGGCUGGCAUUCGGACAGAAGUACAGCAACGUGCCGGGCGUGACACUGUCCUUGUACGGCGACGGCGCCGCGAACCAGGGCCAGCUGUUCGAAGCGAUGAACAUCGCGGCGCUGUGGGAUCUGCCCGUCAUCUUCGUCUGCGAGAACAACCACUACGGCAUGGGUACUGCGGAGUGGCGCGCCGCCAAGAGCCCCGAGUUCUACUGCCGCGGCGACUACGUCCCCGGCCUUAAGGUGGACGGCAUGGACGCGCUCGCCGUGAAGCAAGCCGUGUCGUACGCCAAGGCGCACGCGCUCAAGAACGGGCCCGUCGUACUGGAGAUGGACACGUACCGGUACCACGGGCACUCCAUGUCGGACCCGGGCAGCACGUACCGCACGCGCGAGGAGAUCUCGGGCGUGCGGCAGGAGCGCGACCCCAUCGAGCGUAUCCGCAAGCUGCUGCUGGCCAAGGAGGUCGUCACUACCGCCGAGCUCAAGUCUUUGGAGAAGGAGGCCAAGGCACUCGUGGAGGCAGACAUUGAGAAGGCCAAGGCGUCGCCCUUCCCUGACCCCAAGGAGCUUUUCACAGAGACUUUCGUCAACCCCAAGGGCACCGAGUUCUAUGGUGCUGACCGGGUGACAACUCACGUUACAUUGUAA